AUGGUUAGAUGCCAGUGUGGAUUAGAACCUACAACCAGUGAUGUUCUGUUCUACGGACUGGACAGACGAGUGUAUGCCAAACCAGGCGACAUCAACAUAGGGGCCCUGAUGAUGGCGACACAAUCCUCGUCAGACAACGCAUGCACAGACGUCGUGUUUCCGGGAUCCUGGACGAUAGAGCUGACGGAAUCCGUGGCGUUUGCCGUCGAGAUGAUCAACCAACAAGAAAACCUUCUGCCCAACAUCACACUGGGCUUUUAUAUUUUAAACGACUGCUCGUCCAAAUCUACAGCCAUAGCCCAGUCGCUGGCGUUUUUACCUCGUUUAGAGAGUACUUGCGAAAAACAUGAAAUUGCGAACCAGUCUUCGCAAAACACAGCGCAGAGUCCGCUUCCGUCUUAUGAUGUUUUUGGAGUUAUUUCUCCUGUACUGAGCGUCUCUGCUGCUCCGAUAUCUUUCCUCUACACCGCUGCUAAAAUACCACUCAUUGGUUAUUCAACAACAUCGGAUGAGUUUAGUGAUAAAAGCAAUCAUCCGUAUUUCUUUAGAGUGGUUAGUCCUGAUAAGUACCAAGCAGUGGGCAUAUUAAAGUUUAUCUCUGACAACGGCUGGUCGUAUAUAUCUGUGGUUUACACAGAAGGAACGUACGGAGAGAGGGCGUUCGACACGAUCAAAUCAGCAGCUCCGGACUACAACAUCUGCUUAGCGACGUGGCGUCGUAUAAAGAACACCGACAACAUGGACGACGUAGCUCUGGAUCUACUCACCUACCCUCGUGCGCGUGUUGUCGUCGUGUUUAUCGACAUAGCACCCUUCAUUAAUUUAGCUUUGGCGGUGGACAGGCUCAACGGUACUGGGCAGUUUAUUUGGUUAUGUAGCGACGCCGUUGCCGUGGCAACGACGGAGACGCUGACGGCCGUGAAGGAAGUCGUAAACGGGUCGUUUGUUUUCUCUUAUUUCGCGCCUUUGGUGAAAGAAUUUUAUUCCUACAUAGAGAGACAGUCUGUCUUGAGUAGUUUAAAUCCCUGGUUUAAUUCAACAUGGGAGAGCCUGCUUGGAUGCUCCUUCAGUUUAGGUACGUGUGAUAGAAAUGUCAUUUUACUACAUGCGGCUAAAUUUGAUUUUCUAACUCUUCCGACUUUAUGCAUGGACUCAGUUCUUGCCCUUGCUUAUGCAGCACACAGAGUUAUCUCAGCUUUAUGUCCCAAUGCCACAGGAGUUGCCGUUCGUGAAUGCGUGAAAAGUGAUGUGGUGUAUAGAUAUUUACAAGGGGAGCAGUUCAAAGGUUACAGCGGGAUUAUCAACUUUGACCCUAACGGUGACUCAAUAGGGAAGUACGUCAUACAUCAGAUGGUGUACGAUGCUGUUGAGUUGCCGUUUGGUUACGGAAAUCCUAAAGAGCCGGCGAAGGCUGGAAUUAUAAUGAGAGAUGUGGCUUAUUAUGACGUGUCGUCAGGAAAUAUAACAUACUCUGACAGCGAUAUUUCUUGGAGUCAUCUUAAAGUGCUGGAAAGAAUAAUUUCUCUAGACAUAAACUCUCCCUCACCCAACCGUCCCGAGUCUGUGUGUAGCCGGCCGUGUGUUGUGGGUGAGUACAAGAUCCAGAAAACGCCUGCUUGUUGCUGGGACUGCAGGUUUUGUCGUAACAAUGAGAGGAUAAUCAACAAGAACACAGCUUGCCAGGAGUGCGAGCCAUUCACCUGGCCAGACCCGGAAACCAACUACACAACAUGUGUACCCAUUUCCUUAAGUCACCCUGGCAUGUCCAGCCCCUUAUCAAUUAUUCAAAUCAGUUUUGCUGUUGUAGCUUUAUUAGUCACGUGUUACGUCACCGCAUCUUAUAUUUAUCUACGCGAAAACCGCGUUAUCAAGGCCGCAAGCAGGGAGUUAAGCCUGAUCCAGAUUCUCGCCAUAUUCGCUGGCUACGUCACAGUCAUAAGUUUCCAGAGCUACCCCACCCCCAACACCUGCGGUGUCCUGUACUUCAUGUUCUGUCUCAGCUUCGCAACCCUUUACGCGCCGCUGUUGGUCAAGGCCGUUCGGAUCUUCAGAAUCUUCCAGCACAGCAGUAAAACCAACAAGAGACCCAGGUUCGUUAGUCCCCAGUCUCAGAUCAUCAUGUCGAUGGUUUUGAUUCUCAUUCAGAUUGGCCUCUGUAUCUACAUGUACGUCGUGUACCGACCAACGGCCAAGAAAACCCAACCCGUCGCCACAGAAAAAUUCGUGGAGCUCAACUGUGACAUGACUCUCCCAGGGUUAUCGUCCUUCCUGGCCUACAACCUCGUCCUUGUCUCCCUUUGUUCCGUCUUCGCCUUCAAGACCCGGAAACUUCCGGACAACUUCAACGAGUCCCGGUUCAUCUCGAUGUGCGUGUCCACCACGCUGGUCAUCUGGCUGGCCUUCAUCCCCACCUACUUCACGGCUGGACGUGAGUACGUCCGUGUGCUGCUGCUCUCCGUCUCGCUCAUCCUCAACCACACGGUGGCGCUGGUGUUUCUCUUCCUGCCCAAGGUCUUCGCCGCCGUCUACCUGCCGGAGGAAAGUGUCACCGUGACACGCUUCAACACAGCUCUGACGUCACGAGCAUUCGCCACUAAUAGAAUUGUGCCGAGUAAAGGCUUUGGACAGAUGGUCUCUAAGAUAUUUCAUAUGUAUCUCAUACUGCUACAAGUUAAAAAUCUUGGAGAGAAGACCCUUGAGAACUUUUCUAUGGAUCUCAUAGUUUUAUAA